GCACGUAAACAUCUCAAAAUUUACAUCACAUACCUCUUGGCGAAUAAACGAAUGAAGUGGAGAAUGAGCAACCACCUAAACGAGCUACCUUUUGAGCACAUAUUGAUGAAGAUACAUAUGAAAGACAUAAUUAACGGGUUAGGGCCCCGUGGAGAUAUAUAUGAUAAGGAGGGUGGCUGUCAGCCUGUCAUACCCGCAGAUUGGGGCACGGGAAGAGAUGUGAACCCGUCACAAAAGUUGGAGAACUAUGUGGAGAAAGAGGUAGCUAGAGUUUGGAGGAGGAGCGUCAAGCAUUUUAUUGGGAAAAGAGGUGAGACGUGGAAGAAAGUAGUAGCGUGGCAUCCCAGUCCAACAAAAUUGGAUGAUACCGAU